ACUUCAUUUUCCGGGCAGAUCCUUAUAAUGAUCGAGCAUAAAAUAAAUGCCCUGAGGAAAUUCAACAGACCAACCACAAUCAUAAACGAAAUCUAGAACUGCUUCUAAACUCGAUUAAAUUUCUUCUGCAUCCCUCACAGCUUCUCAGAAAUGGGUUUAUGGAUUGCAGGCAGAGGGUGAAAAUUAUGCGAAUCCAUUGACAUGCUUCUUCCAUGUUCUUUUCAAGGCGAGUCAUUUCUUCUCUAUUGUUUUUCAAGUAAUUUUGCACAUUUCCAUUGAAUAUAGAGAUAAGUUAAAGUAAUUUUAUAGGUUAAAUCCUAGCGGGCAUGCUCCAUUUGGCUGUGGGAGGAGGGAACUCUACAUUUUAGUUUAUCUAUAUUGGUUAAUUUUGCACCUCGUGAGGUUUCGACUCUUCAAUAAAGCUUGUGAUACAUGAAACCUCCACAGAUCUGUCUAAGCCUUGAGAUGUAGAUGGACUGGCAAGACUCUUUUUUGUCCCUGAAUUUGGAUCAUGAGAUCGAAAUCAAAGAAUUUACAGAAAUUGAAGAAAAAAUGAAAAAAUUGAAAAUGUCCUCUGUUUCUCAGAAUGGGGGAUUCUCAUAUGCCCGAGGGACAAGAGUCAUGUUUUCUAGACUGGAUAAGUGAAUACAAGACAAUCCCUUCUGCAUUUUUGCCCACCCUCCCCCACUACCCCUACGCCCCACCUCCCCCAAACACGCACACACACACAUAGUGAUUUAUAUAGUGCAUGGUUAUGUGGCUACAUGCUUGAGAUGAAGCUGAUUUUUGUUUUUGAUGUAUCUGGCCCAGGGAGCAGCAAUUGCGUUUUAUAUAUUGUUCUCUCUGUUUGUGGAUUCUUUUGUGAUUAUUUUCGUUGUAACUGUCCUGUUGGCUGCUCUUGACUUUUGGGUGGUCAAGAAUAUCAGUGGAAGAAUUUUAGUUGGCCUGAGAUGGUGGAAUGAAAUCAAUGAGCAAGGGCAAAGUAUAUGGAAAUUCGAAUCUCUUGAUCAGGAUUCAUUAGCUCACAUGAAUAGGAAGGAUUCUUGGCUCUUUUGGUGGACUCUUUAUCUCAAUGCUGCUGUUUGGUUUGCACUGGGAAUUGUAUCCUUAAUCAAGUUUAACAUUGAUUAUCUUCUUGUGGUGGGAGUUUGUUUGAGCUUAAGCAUUGCGAACAUUGUUGGAUUUACCAAAUGCCAAAAAGAUGCGAAGAAACAGGUGCAGAAUUUUGCAUCUCGGACAUUUGUUUCACAUGUUACAUCAAAGCUGCAGUCAGGUCUCGGUGGUUUGAUUAUAUAAAUCUGUCAGUUAAGUGGACUGGUAUCAUAGUGAGGUCAUUUUAAGGGUUCAACAUAUUGCUUCUUUCCUCCCACCGAGUAUCAUUAUUUUUGGAUAAAUUCUCUUGGUAUUGAUGUAUAUUAAUUCUGAGACGGCAUGAUUUUUCCAGAUUAGCAUUUUGUACAAAAGGAAUCAAUAUGUUUGAUUUCUUGUCUCAUCAUGCUUGUUAAUUUACAUACACAAUUACAUAUCAAGAUCCGGAUUUGUUAAAAAGACUGGCUAAUUUUAAUUCA